AUGAAUGGCAGCGCUGGAGACUCCCGAGCCAGCCUUCCUUCCCAAAUCCGCAUCCAAACAAACAUCCCCUGGCACGCGCCAGGACUCUGCCAGCGUUCCCGUGUCCCCAGCACGGACCCGCGUCCUCGCACAAAAAACACAGAGAAGGGAGCUGCAACUUCCCAGAGCAGCCCCGGGAUUCCUCCCGCAAACUCUCCCGAGUGGGUCAGCUCCUCCUCGCCACCCAACACGGCUGCAGCUCCAAGCCCACAGCAGCCGGCGUGGGAUGCGGAGCUGGCGGCAGAGAGGAGCGAUGCGGGGAUGACAAAGAGCUGGACUGCUGGGCACGAGUCGGGAGCCACAGCCGGGGGGGGGGGGGGGGGGUCUGCUGGGGGUGGGCACAAACUCGCGUGGGUUCCCUGGGACGCUGUGCCGCCCCACGCCGCCCCGGCGCUCGGGAAACGGCGCCGGGGACACGGAGGGGAGAGCAGGAAGCGCCCGGCAGCGCAGGGAAGAGGGGUCUGCACUCCGCCGCCCCCCGCGGCAGCGCGCUGCGUGGGAACGGGGCCCACGGGCGCGGCGAUCCCGCUCCGGGGCUGCCUCCGCCGCGGAGCCGCUCCGAACGCUGCGCCCGCUCGCCCCGGUUGUGCCCCCGCUCGCCCUGCCCCGCUCCGCCGCCGUGGCGGGGACCGGAGCAUCACCGUCCCCUGCGCACCGGCAGCUGCCCCGACACCGGGAGCAUCCCCCGGACACCGGGAGGCUCCGACUGCCCUGCGCACCGGGAGCGUUCCCCGGGCACCAGGAGCCUCUUACCGCCCUGCGCACCCGCAGCUUCCCCGACACCGGGAGCCUCGCCCGGGUACCGAGAGCAUCUCGGACUCCUGCACAAACAGGAGCGUCCCCCGGGCACCGGGAGCCUCCCCGGCUCCUUCGCGCCGGGAGCAACCCCCGAGCAUCAGGAGCAUUCCCAGCCCCUUUUCCACGAGAGUCUCCCCGGGCACCGGGAGCAUCCUCCGAACACCGGUAGUACCCACAGGCUCCUCUGCCCUACGAGCUCCCCCGGGCACCGGGAGCCUCCGAUUCCCCCGUGCACCGAGAGCAUCCCCCGAACACCUCCCCCUUGGAGAAUUCCGAGCCCCGCUUUCACGGGAGCCUCCGCGGGCACCGGCAGCCUCCCCGUCCCGGUCCCGGUUGGCGGACGGCACUUACCGUCCUGAGGUGUGGCGGAGGCGUGAGGUAAGUCCCAAGGCAGGGGCCGGCGGCGCCGGCAGGAACGGGCAGAGCCGGCAGCGGCCCCCGGCGGCGGCGGCCCCGGUCCGCUUAAGGCCGGCGCUGGCGGAGCGCGGCCCCGCGGCGGCGGCUGCCCCCGGCACCUGCCCGCCGCCGCUCGCCGCGCCCGGGGCCGCCGCCCGCCGCCAGCUCCGGGGGUCGGGGCGCUUCCCCUCCCCCCGGAGGGGGGGCACCGGAGAAGCGGGGGAGGGCGGAGAAGCCGCGGUAAAUCCGCGGGGCCGCUUCACCCCCUGCGCGCUGCCCGGCGGCGCAUCCUCCCGGCGCCGCGCCGCGGCCGUGGGGCCCCCGCGGCCGCGCUCCGUGCCCGGCCGGGCCCCCGCCGCGCCGCCGCUGCCGCCGCGCCGCCCGCCCGGCCCGGAGUGA